CGAGCGCAGCCCUCGCGGGGCGUCCUGCCGGCAGCGCCAUGGCCAGCCCGGAGGGGGAGGGGGGGUCCCCCGCGGCGGACGCCCCCGGCUCGGACCCCCGCGCCCGGCUGCUCGGGGAGCGCGCGGUGCGGAGCCUGCGGCUGGAGCCGGAGCGCUGGGAGCGCUGCGCGGGCAGCCCCGAGGCGCAGCCUCUGCUGCGGGCCUUCCUGGAGGGCGCCGCGGGGCAGCCGCCGCCGCUGCUGCUGGUGACGCUGAGCCCGGCGGGGCAGCUGGCGCUCAGCACCCGGCUCCCCGCCUGCCCCGGCCGCAGCAAGGCGCUGUUCUUCCUGCGCAGGGGGCCCGGGCCGCUGAGCGCCCCGCCCGGCCCCGGGGAGCUGCUCUACGGGGACCUGCCCGCCUCCUGCCUGGAUCACUUCGCCGCCCUGGUGGAGGAGGUAGUAGCACCAGUCCUGGCAAACCAGAAGAACCAUCACAGCUGGCCAUAUGUGGUGUCACAGGACAUUAUGCGCCAUGUCCACAGCCUGAGAAGUAACAUUUUUGUGGUUAUUGGUCAAGUAAAAGGCAAGACCCUGCUCCCUCUUCCAGCAGGCUCCGAGAGAAUGGAGUAUAUAGAUCAUGAAAAUGAAAAAACUGUGGAACUGGUGGAUAAAUCUCUCGUGCACGCCAUUGAGUCAACAGUGAUAGAAUGGAGCUACCAGAUCCAGGGAGCAUUGAAAAGAGAGUCAUCAGAGCCACUUCUGCAAGGCAGCAACCCCAAUCCAAAGGUGGAGUUAGAAUUCUGGAAAAACAGGUGUGAGGACCUGGAAUGCAUUUACAAUCAGCUGAAAACUAAGAAGGUUAGGAACAUGGCUGAACUGCUAGACAGAGUGCAGAGCAGCUACUUCCCAGCCUUCAAAGCGAUGUUCAGAGAUGUCGUAGAAGCUUUGACUGAGGCCCAGGAUAUUAACCUGCACCUGACACCUCUCCAGCGUCGUUUGGAGGACAUAGAGAGUGUUGAGUUUAAUGAGGUGAAGCCAUUGAUCAGUCCCUUGCUCCAUGUGGUUUGUUUAAUCUGGGCGACAUCCAAUUACUACAACACACCUGCACGGAUCAUAGUGCUGCUUCAGGAGAUCUGCAAUCUUCUCAUCCAACAAGCCUGGAAUUACUUGACCCCAGAAGACAUUCUGAAGGGGGAAGCAGAAGAAAGUCUGGGCAAAGUGCGGGAAGUGCUCAGCAUCCUGAGAUACUUCAAGCAGACAUUUGAGGAGAGACGGGAAAAGCUCCACACCUACUUUAAACCAGGCCAAGGAGUGAAAAAAUGGGACUUUCAAUCCCUCAUGGUGUUUGCACGGCUGGACAGCUUCCUAAGAAGACUUGAGAUGGUGGAGGACUUCCUAGCAACAGCCUUGGACAUAAUGAAGCUGGAAAAGCUAGAGUUUAGUGGGAUAAGAGGAAAGGCACUGAGCCAGCGGGUCCUGAGCAUGUAUGAAGAGUUCCAGGAAGUGUACAAAGUAUUUUCAGACCGAAGCUAUGACUGUCUCGACACAAACAACGUGGAGUUCGAACAUGAUGCCUCUGACUUUAAGCAGAAAGUGGAAGAUAUGGACAGAAGGCUGGGGACUAUUUUCGGCCAGGCUUUUGAUGACGCAGCUGGCUUGGAGCACGCCUUCAAGUUGCUGGACAUAUUUGGGAGCCUUCUGGAACGGCCAGUGAUAGCUGCUAGUGCCUCUGACAAAUAUCCUCGGCUUAUCACCAUGUUUGAUGGAGAUCUGGAUGAUGCUAAAUUGAUCUACUUGAGGCAUAUUCAGGAGGAGAUGGAGCUAGGCUAUCCCUCCGUGCACAGGAACAUGUCCUUGGUAGCUGGGGCUUUGCGCUGGGCUCAGGAGCUGAGAGACCGGAUCCAGGUCCCAUUCAGUCAUUUUAGGCACAUCACACAUUCCUGCCUGGAGUCCCCUGAAGGAAAAAGAAUGAUACAGAAGUACCAAGACAUGGUACAGUUGCUAGAAAGGUAUCAGGAGAAGCUCUAUAAGGAUUGGUCCCAGACAGUGUCCGAAAAAUCACAGUAUAAUCUCUCCCAGCCAGUUAUAAGACGAGAUCCAGAGACCAAGCUGAUCACAGUCAAUUUUGAUCUGCAGCUGAUUUCAGUGCUCAGGGAAGUGAGUUAUCUGGAGGCAAACCAGGUGGAGAGCAUCCCUGAAACAGCAGCAGAAAUCUACUCCUCCAAGGAGUCGUACCGGAAGCUGGUGGCUAACUUGGAGCUGAUGGUGAAUGGGUACAAUAAGAUCCUGAGGACAGUCCUUGAGGUGGAAUACCCUCUGGUACAGGGGCAACUGCAGGAUAUUGACUCCAGACUGAAAGAGGCAGAAGAGACACUGAACUGGAAGACAGAAGACCUGUGGGAGCACAUCUCCAUGGUGAUCGAGAGCGUUCAUGACCUUGAGCGAAGGAUCCAAAAAGCCAAGGACAAUGUCGAGGAGAUUCAGAGCAUCAUGAGAUUGUGGGUCUCACCAAUUUUUGAGAGGAAAGAUGGAAAAAGGGAAAAUGUGCUCAGUUUGGAUGAUCGGCCUGAACGUCUAGAAAAGCGCUACAACCUCAUCAAAGAGUCGGGGCUGAGAAUCCAUGCGCUGGUGAAGGAAAACCUGAGUUUGUUCGCCGCAGACCCCACCUCCGAAGUUUGGGAAGCCUACAUUGAUUAUGUGGAUGAAAUGAUCUUGGAUGGAUUCUUUAAUGCUAUUGAGUGCUCCCUCAAAUACCUCCUGGAAAACACAGAUUGCAAGGCAGCACUGGCUCCCCUGUUUGAGGUGCGGCUGGAUCUGGUGAUCCCUGAUUUGGUAUUCCAUCCCGCGCUGGAUCCUGGUGCUAACGAUGGCUUUUAUGACAUGGUCGAAGGACUCCUCAAUGACAUCUACCGGAUCUCGUCCCUGGUGUCCAGGCUGGCUGAGCACAGUGUUUUCCCUCACUAUCAGGCUGAUAUGGAGGACAUGGGUGACUUAGCUGACAUGCGCCACAGCCUCAUGGAGCGUGUGCAGAACACGAUGUCAACCUGCAAUGACUAUCGCAACUCCUUCGACCACUACUCUUACCUCUAUGGGGAUGACAGGAAGGAAUUCAUACGCCAGUUCCUGUUGUAUGGGCACGUCCUGACUGCGGCAGAAAUUGAAGCCCAUGCGGACAAUGAAGUCCCAGAGAGCCCUCCCACAUUGCAGCAGUUCAGGGAGCAAAUUGACUCCUACGAGAGAAUCUAUGAUGAAGUCAACCGCCUGGAACCAGUGAACAUCUUCGACAGUUGGAUGAAAAUUGAUGCUCGGCCUUUCAAAGCAUCCCUGCUGAAUGUCAUCAAAAGGUGGAGCCUGAUGUUUAAGCAGCAUCUCAUUGAUCAUGUGACACACAGCUUGGCUAAUCUUGAAGAAUUUAUAAAGAAUGCUGAUAGAGGUUUGAACAAAGAGGUUGAAAAAGGAGAUUAUAAUGGUUUGGUGGAGAUUAUGGGUCAUCUUAUGGCUGUUAAAGAAAGACAGACGAGCACUGAUGAGAUGUUUGAGCCCCUGAAGCAAACAAUUGAGCUACUGAAGAUAUAUGAGCAAGAACUUACAGAUGAAGUGUAUAAGCAAUUAGAGGAGCUGCCAGAAAAAUGGAACAAUAUAAAGAAGCUGGCGAUAACUGUGAAACAACAAAUGGCUUCUUUGCAGGCAAAUGAAGUGACAGUUAUUCGCAAGAACUGUGCAGCAUUUGAUGUGAAACAGCAGAAAUUCAGAGAGAGAUUUCGCAAAGAAGCACCAUUCAGGUUUGACAUUGAAAAUCCUUACCUAAUGCUGGAUGCAAACCACACUGAGAUAAAACAAAUGGAGUCAACCAUGGCCUCACUUUACGAAUCAGCUGGUUUGUUUGAAGUCAAUGUUCCAGAUUAUAAACAGCUAAAGCAAUGCAGGAAGGAAGUUUGUCUUCUCAAGGAACUCUGGGAUAUGAUCUCUGUGGUGACAUCUAGCAUAAACAACUGGCAGACCACGAAAUGGAAGGAUAUUAAUGUGGAAAACAUGGACCUUGAAUGCAAAAAGUUUGCAAAGGACAUUCGGAACCUGGAUAAAGAAAUGAGGGUGUGGGACGCAUUCACUGGGCUGGACAACAGGGUGAAGAACACCCUGACAUCUCUGAGGGCUGUGGCGGAGCUUCAGAAUCCCGCCAUCCGGGAAAGGCACUGGAACCAGCUGAUGCAGGCAACAGGUGUGACGUUCACCAUGGAUGCAGACACCACACUGGCCGACCUCCUGACACUCAACCUGCAUAACUUUGAGGAUGAGGUUCGGGGCAUAGUAGAUAAAGCAGUUAAGGAAAUGAGCAUGGAGAAAGUCUUGAAAGAGCUAAAAGGCACUUGGAGCAGCAUGGAAUUCCAGUAUGAACUGCAUCCCAGGACAAACAUCCCCCUGCUGAAAUCCGAUGAGGAGCUUAUUGAAACUUUAGAAGACAACCAGGUGCAGCUGCAGAAUCUGAUGACAUCCAAGUAUAUUGCCUUCUUCUUAGAGGAAGUAUCUGGAUGGCAAAAGAAGCUGUCCACAGCAGACACAGUCAUUUCUAUCUGGUUCGAAGUGCAGCGGACAUGGUCUCACCUGGAGAGCAUAUUUAUUGGCUCAGAAGAUAUCCGGGCACAGCUUCCAGAGGACUCCAGGCGUUUUGAAGGAAUUGAUGUUGAUUUUAAAGAACUGGCCUAUGAUGCGGAGAAAACGCCGAAUGUCGUUGAGGCUACUAAUAAGCUAGGUCUUUAUGAACAACUGGAGGAUAUUCAGAGCAGAUUGGCUCUGUGUGAGAAGGCCUUGGCUGAAUACUUGGACACCAAGAGGUUGGCCUUUCCCAGAUUUUACUUUAUUUCUUCUGCAGAUUUACUGGACAUUCUUUCCAAUGGCACCAACCCGCAGCUAGUCCAGCGCCAUCUUUCCAAACUGUUUGACAACAUGGCCAAGAUGAAAUUCCAGGUGGACUCUGAGCAAAAGCCGACUAAAACUGGCCUGGGGAUGUACAGUAAAGAGGAGGAAUAUGUCAGCUUCAGUGAGCCAUGUGACUGUAGCGGGCAGGUUGAAAUUUGGCUGAAUCAUGUGCUGGACAGCAUGAGGGCUACCGUGAGACAUGAGAUGACAGAAGGAGUGACAGCUUAUGAAGAGAAGCCAAGAGAACAGUGGCUCUUUGACUACCCUGCCCAGCUUUGCCGAGAGCAUGCUGUUAAAUACAACACAUGGUGUCAGGGCUAUUAUGCAAUGGAUGAUGAACUAACUCCCUUCUCUAAGGUGGCACUGACCUGUACCCAGAUCUGGUGGACCACGGAAGUUGGAAUUGCCUUUGCCAGACUGGAAGAAGGAUAUGAGAAUGCAAUGAAGGAAUAUUACAAGAAGCAAGUGACCCAGCUGAAUACCCUCAUCACCAUGCUAAUCGGUCAGCUCUCCAAGGGUGACAGACAGAAAAUCAUGACCAUAUGUACUAUUGAUGUACAUGCUCGGGAUGUCGUAGCUAAGAUGAUAGCUCAAAAGGUCGACAGUGCCCAGGCAUUCAUCUGGCUGUCGCAGCUUCGGCACAGAUGGGCUGAUGAGGAGAAGCACUGCUUUGCAAACAUUUGUGAUGCCCAGUUUCUGUACUCCUACGAAUACCUGGGCAAUACACCUCGGCUCGUGAUCACUCCCCUUACGGACAGAUGUUACAUCACCCUCACCCAGUCUCUGCACCUGACCAUGAGCAGCGCCCCGGCUGGGCCAGCAGGGACUGGCAAAACUGAGACGACCAAAGAUUUGGGGCGCGCCCUUGGCAUCAUGGUGUAUGUGUUUAACUGCUCUGAACAGAUGGACUACAAGUCUUGUGGAAAUAUUUACAAAGGCCUUUCCCAGACGGGUGCCUGGGGUUGUUUUGAUGAGUUUAAUAGAAUCUCAGUGGAGGUCCUUUCAGUAGUGGCUGUACAGGUGAAAAGUAUACAGGAUGCCAUAAGGGACAAAAAGCAACGUUUCAAUUUCCUUGGAGAAGACAUUAAUUUGAUUCCUUCUGUUGGCAUUUUCAUUACAAUGAACCCUGGCUACGCUGGACGAACUGAACUGCCCGAGAACUUGAAAGCUCUUUUCAGGCCAUGUGCAAUGGUUGUGCCAGACUUUGAGCUGAUCUGUGAAAUCAUGUUAGUGGCUGAGGGGUUCAUUGAGGCACGGUUGUUAGCCAGGAAAUUCAUUACCCUUUACCAAUUAUGCAAAGAGCUCCUGUCCAAACAGGAUCACUAUGACUGGGGCCUGCGUGCAAUUAAGUCAGUGCUGGUUGUUGCUGGCUCCCUUAAGAGAGGGGACCCUGAUCGUCCCGAAGACCAGGUUCUUAUGCGCGCUCUUCGUGACUUCAACAUUCCUAAGAUUGUGACAGACGAUAUGCCAGUGUUUAUGGGGCUGAUCGGGGAUCUUUUUCCUGCUUUGGAUGUCCCCAGAAAGCGAGACCCGAGUUUUGAAUCAUUUGUGAAACAGGCUGUGUUAAACCUCAAACUGCAGGCUGAAGACAACUUUGUGCUCAAAGUGGUGCAGCUGGAAGAGUUGCUGGCUGUGCGGCACUCUGUCUUUGUGGUGGGUAAUGCUGGCACAGGCAAAUCUCAGGUACUGAAAUCUCUGAAUAAGACUUACCAGAUAAUGAAACGACGUCCUGUCUGGACAGACCUCAACCCCAAAGCAGUCACCAAUGAUGAACUUUUUGGCAUCAUCAAUCCAGCAACGAGAGAAUGGAAAGAUGGACUGUUUUCAUCAAUCAUGCGAGAGCUGGCCAACAUCACACAUGAUGGUCCCAAGUGGAUGGUGCUGGAUGGUGAUAUUGAUCCAAUGUGGAUUGAAUCUCUCAAUACUGUCAUGGAUGAUAAUAAGGUGCUGACACUAGCAAGCAAUGAAAGAAUUCCCCUUAACCCAACCAUGAGGCUGCUCUUUGAGAUCAGUCACCUACGCACAGCAACUCCAGCCACCGUAUCCAGAGCAGGCAUUCUGUAUAUCAACCCAGCAGACUUGGGCUGGAAUCCCCCCGUGAGCAGCUGGAUUGACCAACGAGAAAUCCAGUCAGAACGAGCUAAUCUGACCAUUUUAUUUGACAAGUACCUGCCGCUUUGCCUGGACACGCUUAGAACUAGGUUUAAGAAGAUUAUUCCGGUUCCUGAACAGAGUAUGGUUCAGAUGUUGUGUUACCUCCUUGAGUGUCUCCUAACUACGGAGAACACUCCUCCAGACUGCCUCAAGGAACUCUACGAGCUUUACUUUGUGUUUGCUGCUGUCUGGUCCUUUGGUGGAGCAAUGUUCCAGGACCAGCUUGUAGACUACCGAGUAGAAUUCAGUAAGUGGUGGGUGACUGAGUUCAAGACUAUCAAGUUUCCUUCUCAGGGAACUGUCUUCGACUUUUACAUUGAUCCAGAAACAAAAAAGUUUGAACCUUGGUCCAAACUCAUCCCCAAGUUUGAAUUUGAUCCUGAAAUGCCAUUACAGGCUUGCCUGGUGCCCACCAGUGAAACCAUCCGAGUGCGAUACUUCAUGGAUAGGCUCCUGGAGCGAAGGAGGCCAGUCAUGCUAGUGGGAAAUGCCGGCACUGGGAAAUCUGUGCUCGUAGGAGACAAACUCUCCUCACUAGAUGCCGAUGAGUACAUGGUGAAGAAUGUGCCUUUCAACUACUACACCAGCUCUGCCAUGCUGCAAGCUGUACUUGAGAAGCCUCUGGAUAAAAAGGCUGGUAGAAAUUAUGGCCCACCUGGCACCAAGAAACUCAUCUACUUCAUUGACGAUAUGAACAUGCCUGAAGUGGACACUUAUGGAACAGUGCAGCCCCACACACUGAUCAGACAACAUAUGGACUAUGGCCACUGGUACGACAGAAACAAACUGUCCCUGAAGGAGAUCAUGAACGUGCAGUAUGUAUCCUGUAUGAACCCCACUGCAGGAAGUUUCACCAUCAACCCACGGCUUCAGCGCCACUUCAGUGUGUUUGCUCUCUCCUUCCCUGGAUCGGAAGCUUUGUCCACUAUCUACAGUGUCAUUCUAACUCAGCACCUGAAACGGGGGCAUUUCUCUGGGCCUGUGCAGAAAUCCUCUCAGCAGCUGAUAAACGUGGCACUGGGCCUGCACCAGAAAGUAGCUGCUACUUUCCUGCCAACGGCUAUCAAAUUCCAUUAUAUUUUCAACCUCAGAGACUUCUCCAAUAUCUUUCAAGGCAUUCUGUUUUCUACCCCGGAGUGUCUGAAGGCUCCCCAAGACUUGGUGAAGCUCUACCUGCAUGAAUCAAACCGUGUGUACCGGGAUAAGAUGGUUGAUGAGACAGAUUUCAGCACAUUUGAUAAAAUGCAGACGGAGAUGGUGAAGAAGUUCUAUGAUGAAAUCGAGGCAACUAUAGAGGAGACCAAGAAGAUGAACAUGUACUGCCAUUUUGCUAGAGGCAUUGGGGAACCCAAAUACAUGCCUGUUCAGACCUGGGAGUCACUGAAUCACAUCCUUGUGGAAGCCUUGGAUAACCACAAUGAGGUCAAUGCUGCCAUGAAUCUGGUGCUCUUUGAAGAUGCCAUGUGCCAUGUUUGCCGCAUCAAUCGUAUCUUGGAAUCCCCCAGAGGAAACGCCCUAUUGGUUGGUGUAGGUGGAAGUGGCAAGCAGAGCCUGACAAGACUUGCAGCUUUCAUUAGCUCACUGGAGGUUUUCCAGAUCACUCUGAGGAAAGGCUAUGGAAUCCCUGACCUAAAGGCAGACUUGGCAAACCAGUAUAUUAAAACUGGAGUGAAGAAUGUUGGCACUGUAUUCCUUAUGACUGAUGCCCAGGUGUCUGAUGAAAGGUUCUUAGUGCUGGUAAAUGACUUGUUAGCUUCAGGUGAAAUUCCUGAUCUUUUCCCUGAUGAUGAAGUUGAGAACAUCAUCAGCAGUGUGAGAAACGAAGUCAAAAGCCAAGGACUGGUGGACACCAGGGAAACCUGUUGGAAAUUCUUCAUAGACCGCGUUCGACGACAGCUAAAGGUUGCUCUUUGUUUCUCACCCGUUGGUAACAAGCUGAGAGUUCGCAGCAGGAAAUUCCCAGCAGUGGUGAACUGCACAGCGAUAGACUGGUUCCACGAGUGGCCUCAAGAGGCAUUGGAGUCUGUCAGCCUGCGCUUCUUGCAAGAAACUGAGAACAUUGAGCUUUCAGUGAAAGACUCAAUAAGCAAGUUUAUGGCCUAUGUCCAUACAAGUGUCAAUGAGAUGUCCCGGGCUUAUCUGAGGAAUGAACGUCGCUAUAACUACACCACACCCAAGUCAUUCCUCGAGCAAAUCAAACUCUACCAAAAUUUGUUAUUUAAAAAGGGCAAGGAGCUGACAGCAAAAAUGAAGCGACUGGAGAAUGGCCUGCAGAAACUCAACAGCACAUCUGCACAGGUAGAUGGCCUGAAAGCCAAGCUGGCAGACCAGGAAGGUGAGCUGAAGCAGAAGAAUGAAGAUGCUGACAAGCUGAUUCAGGUGGUUGGUGUGGAGACGGAGAAGGUGAGCACGGAGAAAGCCAUCGCUGAUGAGGAGGAGCAGAAGGUGGCGCUGAUAACCCAGGAGGUCAAGCAGAAGCAAAAGGACUGCGAGGAAGACCUGGCUAAAGCCGAACCAGUCCUUGCCGCUGCCCAGGCAGCUCUUAACACGCUCAAUAAGAACAAUCUGACAGAACUGAAGUCAUUUGGAUCACCGCCUUCUGCUGUCAGCAAUGUCACUGCUGCUGUGAUGGUGCUCAUGGCUCCAGGUGGAAAGGUUCCCAAGGACAGGAGCUGGAAAGCAGCUAAGGUUUCCAUGGCCAGAGUAGAUGGUUUCUUGGACUCCUUAAUCCACUUUGAUAAGGAGAAUAUCCAUGAGAACUGUCUCAAAGCUAUUCAGCCGUACUUACAGGAUCCAGAAUUUAACCCCGAGUUUGUGACCUCCAAGUCCUAUGCAGCUGCUGGUCUCUGUUCUUGGGUCAUAAAUAUUGUGAAGUUCUAUGAGGUGUACUGUGAUGUGGAGCCCAAGCGGCAGGCUCUGAACAAAGCCAACGCAGAACUGGCUGCUGCGCAGGAGAAGCUGGCUAACAUCAAAGCUAAAAUUACUCACCUUAAUGAAAACCUAGCAAAACUCACAGCCAAAUUUGAGAGGGCUACUUCAGACAAACUGAAAUGUCAGCAAGAAGCUGAAGCUACGGCAUGCACCAUCUCGCUUGCAAAUCGACUGGUUGGGGGACUCACCUCUGAAAACGUGAGAUGGGCAGAGACUGUGAAAGACUUCAAAGGGAAGGAGAGCACAUUGUGUGGAGAUGUCUUACUAAUCACAGCUUUCGUCUCCUACCUGGGUUACUUUACGAAGAAAUACAGACAAGACCUGAUGGAUGGCGUCUGGAGGCCAUACUUGCGACAACUAAAAAUUCCAGUCCCUGUAACUCCAUCAUUAGACCCUCUGACAAUGCUGACGGAUGAUGCUGAUACAGCAGCCUGGCAGAACGAAGGCCUUCCAGCUGAUCGGAUGUCCACGGAAAAUGCCACAAUCCUCACAAACUGUGAACGCUGGCCCCUUAUGGUUGAUCCCCAACUCCAAGGGAUCAAAUGGAUCAAAACCAAGUAUGGCGAAGAUCUCAGAGUGAUCAGAAUCGGGCAGAAGGGGUAUUUGGACACCAUGGAACGAGCCCUUGCUGCAGGUGAAGUGGUUUUGAUUGAAAACUUGGAGGAAUCUGUGGAUCCAGUUUUGGGAGCAUUACUUGGCCGAGAAACAAUCAAGAAAGGAAGGUAUAUUAAAAUUGGAGACAAAGAAUGUGAAUACAACCCCAGUUUCCGUCUCAUCCUCCAUACAAAGCUAGCAAACCCCCAUUACCAACCUGAGAUGCAGGCACAGUGCACCCUAAUCAAUUUCACUGUAACUCGAGAUGGCUUGGAAGACCAGCUGCUAGCAGCUGUAGUGAGCAUGGAGCGGCCUGACCUGGAAGAACUAAAGUCAGACCUCACAAAGCAGCAGAAUGGAUUCAAAAUCACCUUAAAAACUUUGGAGGACAAUUUGCUCUCCCGGCUCUCCUCAGCAUCUGGGAACUUCCUGGGUGACACGGCCUUGGUGGAAAACCUGGAGACCACCAAACAGACAGCCACAGAAAUUGAAGAAAAGGUCCAGGAGUCCAAGGUGACAGAAACAAAGAUUAAUGAGGCAAGGGAGCACUACCGGCCUGCAGCAGCACGGGCCUCUCUGCUAUACUUCAUCAUGAAUGACCUCAACACCAUUCACCCCAUGUACCAGUUCUCUUUGAAGGCGUUCAGUGUCGUAUUUCAGAAGGCAGUGGAGAGGGCCUCUCCAGACGAGAGCCUCAAAGAGCGCGUUCUAAACCUGAUCGACAGCAUCACCUUCUCUGUGUUCCAGUAUACCACCAGGGGGCUGUUUGAGUGUGACAAACUGACCUACACAGCCCAAGUGACCUUCCAGAUACUUCUGAUGAAUAAUGAAAUUAACAUGGUGGAGCUGGACUUCCUGUUUCGAUAUCCAGCACAGCCAGGAGUCACGAGUCCAGUGGAGUUCCUGUCUAAUCGCUCAUGGGGUGGCAUCAAGAGCCUGUCGUCUAUGGAGCAAUUCCGGAACCUGGAUCGGGAUAUCGAGGGAUCUGCCAAACGCUGGAAAAAAUUUGUAGAAUCUGAAUGCCCUGAAAAGGAGAAGUUCCCUCAGGAAUGGAAGAGCAAAUCAGCUCUGCAGCGGCUGUGCAUGUUGAGAGCCAUCCGGCCUGAUCGCAUGACUUACGCUGUCCGAGAUUUUGUUGAAGAAAAGCUGGGAAGUAAAUACGUGGUUGGAAGAUCUCUAGAUUUUGCAACAUCAUUUGAGGAAUCAGGACCCGCAACCCCAAUGUUCUUUAUCCUGUCCCCAGGGGUUGACCCUCUAAAGGAUGUGGAGAAACAAGGGAAGAAACUUGGUUACACAUUUAACAACAAGAAUUUCCACAAUGUCUCCCUUGGACAAGGUCAAGAGGUAGUAGCAGAGGAAGCUCUAGACAUGGCUGCAAAGGAGGGUCACUGGGUUAUCCUUCAGAACAUCCAUCUGGUGGCCAAGUGGCUGAGUUCUCUGGAGAAAAAACUUGAGCAACACAGUGAAGGCAGCCAUCAGGAGUUCCGGAUCUUCAUUAGUGCGGAGCCUGCUCCUUCAUCCGAUGGCCACAUCAUCCCCCAGGGCAUCCUGGAGAACUCCAUCAAAAUCACUAAUGAACCUCCAACUGGGAUGCAUGCCAACCUCCACAAGGCCCUGGAUAACUUCAACCAGGACACCCUGGAGAUGUGUGCUCGGGAGAACGAGUUCAAAAGCAUCCUGUUUGCUCUCUGUUAUUUCCAUGCCGUGGUGGCAGAAAGACGCAAGUUUGGGCCCCAAGGCUGGAACCGCUCCUACCCCUUUAACACUGGAGACCUCACUAUCUCAGUCAACGUGCUGUACAAUUACCUGGAGGCCAAUUCAAAGGUCCCCUAUGAUGAUUUGCGCUACCUCUUUGGUGAGAUUAUGUAUGGAGGCCACAUCACGGAUGACUGGGACAGACGACUUUGCAAAACCUACUUGGAGGAAUUUAUUAAGCCAGAAAUGCUGGAGGGAGAGCUCUUCCUAGCUCCAGGAUUCCCUCUCCCAGGGAACAUGGACUACAAUGGUUAUCACCAGUACAUAGACGAUGCCCUGCCUGCCGAGUCUCCGUACCUGUAUGGUCUCCAUCCAAAUGCUGAAAUUGGCUUCUUAACUCAGACCUCAGAGAAACUCUUCCGCACCGUAUUGGAGAUGCAGCCUCAUGACACUAAUGCGGGUGAAGGAGGAGGAGCUACGAGGGAAGAAAAGGUGAAGGCUCUUCUGGAUGAGAUUUUAGAGAAACUAACAGAUGAGUUUAACAUCCUGGAGCUGAUGGCAAAGGUGGAGGAGAGGACGCCCUACAUUGUGGUUGCCUUCCAGGAAUGUGAGCGCAUGAACAUCCUCACCAGCGAGAUAAAGCGCUCCCUUAAGGAGCUAGAUCUGGGAUUGAAGGGAGAGUUGACAAUGACAAGCGAUAUGGAGAACCUGCAGAACGCCAUCUUCCUGGACACUGUUCCCGAGUCCUGGACUAGGAGGGCUUAUCCUUCCAUGGCUGGCCUGGCUGGCUGGUUUGCUGACUUGCUCAGCCGCAUCAAGGAGCUUGAGAUGUGGACAGGAGACUUUGUCUUGCCCUCUGUUGUAUGGCUAGCAGGAUUCUUCAAUCCUCAGUCUUUCCUGACAGCCAUCAUGCAGUCCAUGGCCCGAAAGAAUGAGUGGCCUUUGGAUAAAAUGACUCUGCAGUGCGAUGUGACGAAGAGGAACCGCGAAGAUUUGAGCAGCCCUCCCCGUGAGGGCGCCUACAUACAUGGUUUAUUCAUGGAGGGUGCACGCUGGGAUAUGCAGACAGGGAUGAUAACGGAUGCCAGGUUGAAGGAUCUGACUCCAGCCAUGCCCGUUAUUUUCAUCAAAGCCAUUCCUGCUGACAAACAGGACACUCGCAGCAUGUACCCAUGUCCCGUGUACAAAACACAUCAGAGAGGGCCAACUUAUGUGUGGACUUUUAACCUGAAAACUAAAGAAAACCCUUCCAAGUGGGUCCUCGCAGGUGUGGCCCUACUUCUGCAAAUUUAGGUUCCGAUUGACAGAGUUUCACCAACAGAAAAUGUCUCAAUGGGAGCAUUGAACCAUUUCACAUUCAAGGAAUUUCUAAAAUAAUAUACGUAGAGUAAAAAACCCUCUGUCUUUUUAACUCUUUGAGUGCGGACAUUUAGCGAGCUUGGCAAAUUAAUUCUUAAGAGGAUGUAGUAUGCAGUAGCAGAUGCAUCUAUGGGAGAGGCAGUGUGGCCUAGUGGAUAGAAUCUUGGUGUAGGCCUCAGAAGGCCUAGGUUCUAUUCCCAGUUCAAUUACUGGAUGACCGUAGGCAAAUGAUUUUUUCCUUCCGUGCUUCAGUUUCCCCAUAUGUAAAAAGGGGACAUAAUACUGACUACCUUUGUAAAGUGCUUUGGACUCUACUGAUGAAAAGUGCUUCAUAAGAACUAGGUAUUUUUAUAUGUGACUGGACACUGUGGCCAGAGCCUCAGCUGCUAUAAAUCAGGGUAUUGCCAUUCAUUCAAUGGAGCUACAUGGAUUUAAACCAGUUGAAGGAGUGGCCCCAUAUCUAUCACAUUCAGAGGAUUAAAGGGCUGUUAGGCUCAAAUUUGACCUAAUGUAUAUUUUUCUCUGUGUAAGUUCUGAUCCAAAGCCAGUCGAAGUCAGAGGGAGUCUUUCCAUUGACUUUGAUAGGCUUUGAAUCUGGCUAAAUUGAAUAAGCUUUGUAAUUCUUUAUACUCUGUUUUUUUUAAUCCAACCAAAUGUUUCAGUGACAUGUGAAGAAAAAUUCAGAAAGCCAGGGAGCCCUGUACUCCUUAGGGGAAUAAGUGAUUUAAAAUGAUUUAGGAUUCCUUACUGAUAUCCCUUUAGACUCUAACAAAUUUAUUUGAGCAUAAGCUUUCGUGAGCUACAGCUCACUUCAUCGGAUGCAUUCAGUGGAAAAUACAGUGGGGAUAUUUAUUUGAGCAUAAGCUUUCAUGAGCUACAGCUCACUUCAU